UGGAGGAGGUGGAGGAGGGGUGGUGGUGGUGGAAGAGGAGAAGAAGGAGGCGUGCAGGAACAACAGGAGCAGCCUGCUCGUGUUGUUGCAGGUGCCGGGGGCGCCAAAAGCGGCGUUGGUUCAACCAAAGCCGCGCAUGCUUUACCAACAACAACAACAACAACAGCAAUCCCAACAACAGCAACAGCAAUUGCAAUUGCAAUUGCAACAGCAACGUAUUAUUGGUACAGGAACAACAACUACGACGACGACGACGACGACGAUACCGGUUGCAACGUCAUCAUACAACAACAUGUUCCCCCAACAAUACUGCCUGAGAUGGAAGUACCAUCACAGCAACCUGCAGACUAUGUUCUCACAACUACUCGAAAGGCAGGCCUAUUGCGAUGUCACGCUAGCAUGCGAAGGCCAGACCCUAAGAGCUCACAAGGUUGUCCUAUCGGCAUGCAGCACCUACUUUGACACGAUCCUGUCGCAAUAUGAAGAGAAGGAUCCUAUCGUAAUCAUGCGAGACGUCAAAUACUCGGACAUCAAAGUACUCGUCGAUUUCAUGUACAAGGGAGAAAUUAAUAUCGAUCACACGAGAUUAUCAUCGUUAUUAAAAACAGCGGAAGACCUUCACAUCAAGGGUUUGGCGGAAGUAAGCUGGCGUAGUGAUUCAACGCAAAAUGAAUCGAAUAAUGUUGGUUCGACCGGUGCCACACCCCCAGGUGUUGAAACAGUUUUAAGGGAAGGUGAAACGGAAGAACCGCAGCCACCAAAACAGAGGCGCAGGGGUCGUCCGCCAUUGGACGACACACCAACAACACAGGACCUCUUUAUACCUAAGAUCACGUGUAUAACUGGCAAUUUCGCUGCACAAAACUCGCAUGAGGAAAUGAUGAGCGAGGGCGACCACGAAAGUUGGGACGACGAAAUGAUGGCCAAUGAGAAUAACGAAACAAUACCGAUGGCACCCUAUCCGCAAAAAGAGGACAGCAGUACUACAGCUGCCGAUCAGGAAAAAAAAGCCCCAACGAUACAACCGAAUUCUAAUGCCGCGAAUUUAUCGAUACCUGACAAUUUUCGAGACGUGGUUAGGAUGAACGAUUAUUUGACGACUGGUCGCCGGCAAGAAUUUUGGGAGGAACCAUUCACGCGACGUGUCAUGGAUGCCAUCAAAAGUAAGGAGUUAGAAAUGAAGACUGCUGCUGAGAUACUCGGCGUUUCUUACGGGACUCUCUAUGGGAGAUAUCGUGACAGUUAUGGAUGCCUUAAACACCCGUACAGGGUAAGGGAUUUUUGGUCGGAACCAGGACCAGCCGAGGUAUUAUCUAAAUUACGAAGAAAAGAGAUAACAUUGUUCCGAGCAGCUGAGUUCCUUAACGUAACGGUUCACACAUUGGCAACAUACUUAUCAACGUUACAAGGUGCCGAAAGGAUUUCAUUGGCGGGUGAUGCAAGUGCAUCAUCCGUAAACGUCGAGGGAAAUGAUAAUAGCAGUACAACAACAACAACCACAACCACACAGGAGAACAACGAUUCGAUGAACGAUAUUAUUCAAAAGAUCAAUGCUAGUACGGUAACAGCGUCUACACCAACAACCUCGACGACAAUAAAAAGAGAGGGUGGUGGUUAUUUGGAAAUACCUAGUACGGCGGUACCAAAAGCAGCUACUUCGGUAUUAGAAAACAAUCCUGACAUAACCAUCGUUAAAACGGAAAGUUUGCCACGGAAACGUGAUUACGCUAAAAUAACUAAUACCGAAAACAACAAUGCCAAAUUGAUGAGCGGCGGUGCUGUCAGUGAAAUAACAAAUCAACAACCCUCUACGCAACAACAGAAAAUAAUUACCGAUCCGCUAUCAUUGAACAACGAUAACAGUAAACCCUAACUAUUCAGGCCUUAUUUAACACCGGUUAAUCCAAGAACAAAAACAACUACGGCUACAACAGCUACUGCAACUACUACUACAACAAUAAAUAACGCCAAUUACAGAUCCGAACUCUGUCCCCGAAGAUUUUAUUCUAACGUAUUUACACGUUUCUUGACGAAUUUUCAUUUGAAAUAAUUAUCAUUUAAUAAUCUUAUAACUAUUAAAUUAAGCACACAUAUACACACCACACACACACACACACACAGACACCCGUAGAGUAUAAUAUGCGUAUUAUUAGUCUCCUCCGCACCGAAAUGAUCACAAAAUGAUGGGAGGAUUUGAUCCUCUGUCUACAAUUUCUUUUCUUUUCUUUUCUUAUUUUCUUAUUCUUCAUCUUCUUCUUCUUCUUCUCUCUUUUUCUCUCAGUC